CCCAAACUCACCAUACGGUACCCUAAUUCCCAAUUCCUUUCCCCCCUGUUUACUCACCCGUCGCCGCCACCUACUCUACUCUCCGCUGGUCUCAGCAUUCACCGUUGCCCUUCAGUCGAGCCAUCGCUGUUGCCGUCCAAUCCAUCUUCCAGCGUCGUUCGUAGGCUCUCCCUCCCCGUCUCCUCUUCUCUCUUCUCUCUUCUCUCUUCUCUCUUCUCUCGUCGAGUGGUUGUCAGCGCUGUGGUGCUCCAUCCCCCCUGCAUCCUCCACUUCCAGAGUAACAAUGGAGCCUCAGACUCAGGAAGCAUCAAAUAGUCAAAGACAUAUAAGUGAUCAAAAUGUGCAUAAUGUUAGUGAUCAUGUAGAUGAAGACGUAACUUCUGAUGCGGUGGAUAUGGAUCAAUAUCGCAUAAACUCUUGGGAAGAUAUUGACAUUGCAGAGCUGCCAAAAUCAUUAGUGCUGCGAAGAUGGACUAGAAAAGCGAAGGAAGGCAUUAGUGGGUAUGACGACAUGGGCGGCUUGAUGGAGGAUUCCUUGGCUAUCAGUCGGCGUGCAUGUUUGGCACAUUGGUGUAAACAAAUUAUGAAUGAAGGGUGCCUAAAAGGGGAUCUUUUUAAUGAAUCACGAGAUGCAUUGGUAAAUAUACUUUCAUGUAUUAGGGCUCAUAGUGGGAACAAUAACAUGAUAGAGGGGCAUGCGGAAUACAUGUACGAAGACCUUGCAAAGAAUGGAAGUACUGAGAUAGAGACCACAAGGAAGCCUAAGCGUUGCAGCUACUAUCGCAAGGGGGUCAUAACAUUGCUACGUGUUCCAUGA